AUGAAUAUUACGCUCCCACGGCCAACGGGCGGGCCCUCGAACUUCGGAGCGACCACACCUUCGCGACGAAAUGAAGCCCGAAUGCCGCGCUUCUUCAAGCGCCUCUUCAAGUUUCCACAAAUGGACUUCGAGAUGGCCAUAUGGGAGAUCAUGAGCCUAAUAAUAGCACCAAAGAAAGUCUUCAGACAGAUCUACUACCAUAAACAAACAACUAAGACCUACCACCGACCCGACCCCUCCUUUACCUACCUCCUCUCCUUCUUCCUAACCCUCACAUCCCUCGCCUGGGGGUUUGCCUACGCCAGCGGCUUCACACAGACGCUCCACAUAACCCUCGUAUUCAUCUUCGGCCACUUCCUGCUCCUGUCCCUCGUCACGGCGACCCUGUUCUUCUUCCUCGUUGGCCGCCUCUUAGGGCCUGGGAACUCGUUGCUGCCAGGACGGAGACGGGGGUUGUAUAAUCUAGGCGAAGUGGAGGGAGCAGCGGGAAAAGAGGAGUUGGAGUUUGGGUAUUGUUGGGAUGUAGCAAUUCGGGCGUUUGUGCCAGUUUGGGUAUUUCUAUACGUGGUGCAGUUUUUGUGCAUGCCGUUGGUUGGCACGGAUCACUGGGUCUCGAUCCUCCUUUCAAACUCGCUCUACCUCAUCGCUCUCAACUACUAUUUCAUUAUCACCUUUCUGGGUUAUAAUGCCCUACCGUUCUUGCACCACACGGAGCUCCUACUCGUCCCGAUCGCCGUUACAACGAUACUUUGGUUUGCGUCUUUAUUCGGCUUCAACAUGUCAAGGCAUUUUGCGCCGGUAUUAUGGGCGGGUGCGCGGUUACGAAAGCAUGUUUGA